AUGGUUGGUGUGAUGACAGAGCACUGGGAGGUGUCCUUCUUGCUGCUGCCUGUGCUCUACAAACUGGUCUUCGUGCUGGGGCUGUCGGGAAACAGGCUGGUGAUCUUCACCGUGUGGUGGGGCCCGCGGGCCAAGCACCUCUCCACCGACACCUACAUUGGCAACCUGGCGCUGGCCGACCGGGGCUUCGUGGUGACCCUGCCGCUGUGGGCUGCCUACAGGGCGCUGCACUUCCACUGGCCCUUCGGCUCGGCGCUGUGCAAGCUCAGCAGCUACUUGGUGCUGCUCAACAUGUUUGCCUCCACCUUCUGCCUGGGCUGCCUCAGCUUCGAGCGCUCCCUAGCCAUCGUGCGCUUGCUGCCAUGCUCCCGGCCCAUGUGUCCCCGCGCCGCUCUCGCUGGCCGCGCUCUGGCUGCUGGCCCUGCUGCUGCUCAACACGCAGCCCAGCCCGGCUGA